AUGCAAAAAGACCUGAUGUUUUUACAGCUCUGGGCUGACACCUCGGUGACGAGAGGCAAGUCAGGGAAAUGUGUUGUGAUUGACUUUAUAAGAGAAAAGAGAAGAGGGGUGGUGAUUUCUGCUCAAACAGCGCCUGUCCUCUUCAGUUCACUAAUUUCUCCAGCUCUGAACAUGCUGCUGCUGCUCCUGCUACUGCUGCCCACAGGUGAUGGCCGGGCUCAGCGUUCGUCAGGCCAGAAGAGGAAUGGCUCCUGUGUGUGCCCGGUGGACUCCAGCCUGUGGAUGUUCCCUGCUGUGAAGUAUGAGGUCGUGCUGCAGCAGGUUGAGACCUGUGAAGGAUCUCUGAACGCGCUGCAGGAGCAGGUGACUUUGUCCAGCCAGUUUCUCCCUCGGUUCCAGGCUAUGGUUGAGAACCUGACGGCCCGGCUGGAGCCUCACCAGUACCUGCGCAACCGGGGGGUGUACACGGACCUGUCUCUGCGCCUGCUGGGCCAGGAGCUCACCCAGCUGGAGGCAGACGCUGGUGACGUCCACAGCCAGCUUAACAACACCCAAACCCGUAAACUCUCCAAAGAGGUGGGUAGACUGCGUAAGGAUGUAGGCAGGAUGCAAAUGUUGGACACAGUAAAUAUCCAGACUGUCAAAGAGAGACUGCGCUACCUGAAGAAUAACGCUGAGUCCUGCAAGUCAAUCCCCAAAGACUUCAGAAGUCAGAGCAGCCACUGCCUCAAGGGCCUGAUCACCAGCAUUAGUGAGCCUGUCAUGACUAAGGUCAAUCAAUUUGGUAAAACCUACAUCUCUGGUUCAUGGGGCAAACAGGCCCAGAUGGACAGUGAGGAACAGAGGAACAGUUACUGGGUUCAACCUCUGCUCAGUGGUCACAAAUGGGGCAACUCUCUGCGUGUCUACCAAAGCUACGCUGACUUCAUGCAAUCUGCCAAGUACAAGGACUUUACCUUCGCUCCAUCUUACAGUCAUACCCACAGCAUUGAGGGUCCCAGUGCUGUUCUAUAUGGUGAAGCACUGUACUAUAACUGCUACAGCUCUGCAGACGUCUGCCGCUACGACCUGAAGAGCAACGCUGUUCAUCGGGUGACACUUCCAGGCAACGGCGUGGGUUACAACAACAAGUUCCCGUAUUGUUACUACGCCUGCCGUGACAACAGUGAUGUGGACAUAGAGGCAGAUGAGACAGGACUAUGGGCCAUCUAUGCCACUGUUGGUAACCAUGGUAAUCUCGUCGUGAGCCGUUUAGUUUGGGACAGCGACACUCAGACCAUCAAUGUGACACAGACGUGGGAGACGAGGCAGUUCAAAAAGGCAGUGAGCAAUGCUUUCAUGGUGUGUGGUGUGCUGUAUGCCACUCGUUACGUGGACGAGUACCAUGAGGAGGUGUUCUAUGCUUUUGACACGUCAACGGGCAAAGAGGACAACUCACUUGCACUGCCACUGGAGAAGGUAGCUAAAGGAGUGGCCAGUCUGAGCUAUAACCCAACUGACAAGCAGAUCUACAUGUACAAUGAUGGCUACCUACUGGCCUACCAGACCCACUUCUGAUCUCAAGUUGGUCUAAUGUUGUAAUUAACUUUUAUUAGCAAUUUGCAUGCUCAUGUAACCUUAACAAAAAGAAAUAAACAGACAUAUAGACGCUCAAAGACUACGGCAUAUGUACGCGAACAGUCAUGUUAUAACAUUGUAUAUGUUUUAAUAAAUGUUUGUAAUGUAGCUAGACUGAAUGAAAUAAUUUUGAAAAAGUCGAUAAAACCAAAUUAUAACUUACAACUAGUUAAAAUAUUGUUGUAGUGUUGUUGGCUGUAUUGUAAACUUGUGUAGAGGUCUUUAGCCAGACAUGAAGCUCCUUGAGGCUGUGCUGCUGAUGUUGGAAUGCUGACAUGCUUAAUGACAAGGUUAACAUGUGACAUGCUUGGAAGGAAAUGUUGUAUAUAUAGUACAAUAGCAUUCUAACAUGUAGUACAAUAGCAUUCUUACAUUAGCUACUUUAUUUCAUUCUUUCUGGGGUUGUGAGCAUCCUGACAUUGAAGAAGAAGAAGAUUAUAAGUUGAUAGUUUCACUGAUUAAUAUCAACUGUAAAAAAUCAAAAUAAAAUAAAAGGUAUGAAUGACAAAAGAUAGUUGGCUCUGACAAAAAUCUUCAGACCACAGACCACAUAAAGCCUGAGCAAGAUACAGAAAUGAGCAUUUUCACCACCAGAGUGCGCUGCGAGGCUGAGAAACAAGAGCAAAGGAUCGAACUGUCUGUUUGUCCACCUGUCUGUUUGUUUUCUUCUCUGUCUGUCCCUCAUCCUUUCUUAUCACUUGCUUUUUGAAAUUAGCACCACGUGGGAAUCAUCCAGAGGCAACGUGUGUUAAAGACUCUCGCUUAAUGUAGCUCUGCUGCUUUGGGGAAAACAUUCCAACAUUUUAUGAAACAUUCACUCUCUUGCCUUCAGAAAAAGUAAAAGUAACACCAGCAGUCAGAUGAUCAGACAGUAUCUUGGCUAAUCAAAUCGGAUCUGUGACACACAAGCCAAACUGUUUGCACGCAAAUUGUCUAGGUUAAUACUGAUUGACUGUAUCCUUGGUUGACUGUGCAAUGAGGGAUUAUUAGUAACAUUCUGAGUUUGCUUAUUUUCAUUGCUUUGGAUUAUGUGGCUUUAACAUUUUUAGACCUGUCUGAUCACUCAUCUGUCUUGCUUUGGUGGGUCUAGUUUUUAGCAAUGCUGCUGCUUUCUGUGAUUUCAGUAAUUACUUGGGAGAGCACAAGGUUAUCAUAACAGAUAGAACCAAUGAAUCCAGCUGCACAAAUAAAACAUAAAGAUUGA